AUGGUUCUGUGGAACAUUGAGGCCCCAAAGGAAAAAGGCCAGUGGCUAGAUGAAGUUAAAGACAUCCAUGAGUGCUACAAAGAAACAAAGCGACUUAUAAAUCCACAGAAAGGCGGGAUUGAAUACACUGUGGACCAUAAGUUUAUUAAAAAAGCUAAAAGAAAACAGGAUAUCACUGUGGUGAUAACCUCUGUGGAUGUCAAUCUCAUUUACACAACAUUCAUCGUAAUUAAAUCAACGACUCCAGAUCCUGACAACCAAAAUCCAGAAGCCACAACAGCAGGAAAUGGAGACGGUGCAACAAACCCUGCUGGUCCCGCCUCUACAUCACCUGCCACCAUAAGUCAGAGUUCUACCAUCCCUAACAACCCUACCACUGUCGGUUCCACCUCUACAUCACCUUCCACCAUAGGUCAGAGUUCUACCACCCCUAACAACCCUAACAACCCUACCACCAUCGGCCCCGCAUCUACGUCACCUGGAACCAUAAGUCAUAGUUCUACCACCCCUAACAACCCUACCACUGUUGGUUCCGACUCUACAUCACCUGCCACCAUAGGUCAGAGUUCUACCAUCCCUAACAACCCUGCCACCGUUGGUCCUGCCUCUACAUCACCCAGCACUUUAAGUGGCACCACCAUCACCCCUUACAACCCUACCACACUUACAAACCCAAUCACCAAUGAUCCUGCCUCAACAACAGCUAGCUUUGUUAGCAACAGCAAUACCAACCCUAACAGCCCUACCUCACCUACUACCCCUUACACCAAUGGUCCUGCCACAACAUUACCUGGCACGAUGGGUGACAACACUGCCACACUUACCACUGCUAACCCCAGUGAUACAUCUCCAUCAGCAACCAACGACAAUAAUAACCUUAAGUGUAAGCACCUUCUAUGCAGUAAUACCAAUGAAGUGAAGUCGGCCUUUCUUCCACUUGGAAACAGCAGUUGCAACUUCACCCUGAUUAUCAAAGCAACUGCAAAAAAUAGCAGCUAUGAAGCUAACACCACUAUAACUGCAGAGGUACUGGAUUACACAGAAAAUGACACCUCUUCAGUAGAUGGUCUCAAGGUUGCAGUGGAUAAGGCUGUGGCUCUGCUUAAGAAACAAGGUCUACUAUCAGGACAAAAUGUUGGACAGAUAUUUAGUUCUGUGUCAAAGAAACUGAACAGUCAAUCUGAUGAAGCGAAUAAAGCUAAUAGGCAAAAGGGUUUCAACCAAUGUUUCGCUAUACGUUUACAGAUGCUAAGUAUAGACAAGAACCCAUUUGCCUGGCAUGAGGGAGGGAACAUCAGUGGAGUAACAGCUGCUCUAUCUCUCACAACAACAAAUGGCUCUAGUAUCGCUGUGGAGAACUUAAGUGAGAAUAUUAAGAUUCUGUUGCCAAGGCCUGUUGGAGAGCAGGUGAACACCUCAUUUUUAGACCUGGGGAACUUCAGCACAACAAUCAUAGAAGUUGCUUCAGCUGACUCUACGCUGGUUUUAAAGAUGGUGCCCUCCAAUGAUCCUUUACCGUUCAAAAUCCUCCUUGGUUAUAUGGACUUCCCAACUGAAACAAAUAAUGUUGCGAUGACGGAGAUGCCUCACGAUGGUGCAACACAAGAGGAGAGAUACACUUGGCUACUAGACCCCAACGAUUUAAAGGGAAACACUGGAGUGCACUAUCUUGUAGUUAGGCCCAUUGUAGGACCGGGUAUAAAAUCCAUCAAUGCUACUUUGUCAAUUACGCCCAUCAGUGCUGCAUGUAGAUUUUGGGACGAAUCCAAUUUGGAUUGGAGCACUAAUGGAUGCAAGGUUGGUGUUCACAGCACACAUUUGGUCACAGAGUGCCUCUGCAACCACCUCACCUUCUUUGGGAGCUCUUUCUUUGUCACUCCCAACCUCGUUGACCCGUCACGCACUGCUGAGCUGUUUGCAACUUUUGCAGAGAAUCCUUUGGUUGUCUGCUUUGUUGCAUCACUCUUUGGGGCCUAUCUCUUGGUGGUUCUGUGGGCCAGACGGAAAGACAUAAAAGACACAGUCAAGGUAAAAUUGACGGUGCUUGGCGACAACGACCCCAUGGAUGAGUACCGCUACCUGUUGAGUGUCAGCACUGGGCAUCGGAGAGGAGCCGCCACUUCAUCUAAGGUGAUAAUCACACUGAUGGGUUCAGAGGGAAGCAGUGAACCGCAUCAUCUAACGGACUCGAAGAAAUGUGUGUUUGAGAGAGGUGCGGUGGAUUUGUUCCUGCUAACUACGCCCUUUCCUCUGGGAGACCUGCAGAGCAUCAGACUAUGGCACAACAACUCAGGGAGCCAUCCUGCCUGGUAUGUCGGCAAUGUCAUGUUGCAGGAUUUACAGAAAGAGCAGAAAUGUCAUUUUCUUUGCAACUCAUGGCUGGCCAUAGACAUUGGUGGUUGUUCCCUGGAUCAAGUCUUUCCUGUUUCAACAGAGGUGGAUCUAAAGAGGUUCAGUAACUUGUUCUUUAUGAAGACUUCAAAGGAUUUCAGUGACGGACACCUCUGGUACUCUGUGAUCAAUCGACCACCGAGCAGCAACUUCACCUGUGUGCAGAGAGUUUCCUGCUGUUUCACCCUGCUGCUCUGCACCAUGCUUACCAGCGUCAUGUUUUAUGGCAUCCCAACAGAUCCCUCUGAGCAGACCAUGGACAUGGGUCUCUUUGAGUUUACAUGGCAACAGUUCAUGAUCGGAGUACAAAGCUCCCUCAUUAUGUUUCCUGUUAACAUCCUCAUUGUAAGCAUUUUCCGAAACACACGUCCCAGAGAAACGUCUUGUUGCAAGCGCAAAACAGAAAAACCAGAUGCAGAGCAGACGUUUGUCUCUCCAAGUAACACCAACAACAUGAGUGUCAAUGUCACUUUGGACACUGUCAUUAUGGAUAUAAAAAGGAUUGCCCAAUCUCUAUCAAAGACCAUGAAAAGCAACAUCCCAUGCACAGAGUCCGAGUUUGGUCCUGCACAACAAGUUGAUAUCAAUGCUGUCCUUUCUACAGUGGAGCACUUCAUCACAAUGAAUGACAAAGCCAGUGACACCACCCAGCCUGAGCUAGAGUACAGUCCUACUAUGCAUCCUGGGUCAACACUGGAGGGGAUUCAGAAGAAGAGCAACAAAAACCAGUAUCUAUACAGGCAGCUGUGUCACAUCGACAAACAGCUGAGUCAGCUGGGACCCUCCGACUUCCCCGACCCACACAGCUACAGCCGGGCUCUGCAGCAGGUCCAUGGCAUGAAAGUGUUCCUUGAAGAUCAGCUUUUUACAUCCGGCUUUAACAACCCUGAAGAACCCAACCAGAAGAAGUUGAGCCCUGAAGACAGCACUGAUGGUGAUGGUAAUCGGAAGAAAAGAGGGCUUCCAUGGUGGUUCAUUUUUGUUGGCUGGGCGCUUAUGAUCGCAAGCAGUUUUGUUUCAGGAUAUUUCACAAUGCUUUAUGGGUUGAAAUUUGGGAAGGAACGCUCUGCAAGCUGGUUGGUGUCCAUGAUUGUCUCCUUUUUUCAGAGUAUCCUCGUCAUUCAGCCACUGAAGGUGAUAUUUCUGGCAAUCUUCUUUGCACUCGUAAUAAAGAAAGUGGAUGAGGAAGAUUUUCAAAAUGUGGCGUUUGAAAGAAAUUACAAAAAUCUAGGUGAUUGUAAGGAACCACUAACAGUCAGACGGGAUAACAGUCUCUAUGUGCCGCCUGCUGCUGCUGACAUUGAGAAGAUGAAAAGAUACAAGAUUAUGGAACAAAAAGCCUUUGCCCUCCUCAAGGAGAUUUUGACCUACAUGGGGUUUAUGUGGAUGUUGCUGCUGGUGGCGUACGGCGAGAAAGAUCCCAACGCUUUUUUCCUGAAACGACACAUCCGGGAUAGCUUCAGUCAAGGGACCAAAGACAGCAUGAGUCCUGGAGAUGUGUUCACAUGGGCCAACACAUUGCUACUAAAAAACCUUUUUGGAGUUUAUCCAGGAUUUAUCACAGAUGGAAACUCCAAGCUAGUAGGUAAUGCCCGUCUCCGUCAACUGAGAGUGCAGAAGAACUCCUGUCAAAUUGCAGGCUACAUGCAGCAGUUUGUACCAGACUGUCACGCUCCAUAUUCAUGGGACUUGGAGGAUAUGGGCUCCUAUGACCCUGGCUGGAACCAUUUGGUUAAGGAGAAUGUCUCUAGAGGCACCUUCAGCCCAUGGACGUACCAAACACAGACUCAGCUCAGGGCUCAUCCUUUCUGGGGCAAAAUGGUACUGUAUAGGGGAGGUGGCUUUGUAGCGGAGAUCGGCCCGGAUUCACAGAACGCCAGCCGCACCCUUGAGUAUCUGUUCAGGAACACUUGGUUGGAUGCAUACACAAGGGCAAUCUUUGUGGAGUUUACCGUUUACAACGCUAAUGUGAACCUCUUCUGCAUUGUCACACUCUUGCUUGAGACAACAGCUGUAGGAGCUUUUCAAUUCUAUAGUGAGUUGCAGAGUGUUCGUCUUUACCAAUCAACUGGUGGUCUUCACAUCUUUGUCUUGGCUGCUGAGAUCAUAUACCUGCUUUUCAUCCUCUAUUACAUGUUCCUGCAGGCCAAAUUAAUGAAGCAGCAGCGGUGUGCUUACUUGAGGAGCACGUGGAAUCUUCUUGAGCUGUCUAUCAUCUUACUGAGCUGGAGCACCUUGGCCAUCUACAUUAAUAGGACGCUGCUUGGGAACCGCGACAUAACCUACUACCAAAAUCACAAAGACCAAUUUGCAAAUUUUUACGAGACAGCCUCAGCAGACUCAUUGCUCCAAUAUAUGAUCGCCUUCCUAGUCCUGCUUUCCACCUUCAAACUGUGGCACCUGCUCAGACUGAACGCCAAGAUGAACAUGCUCACCGCUGCACUGCAGCGCGCCUGGAGUGACGUAUCCGGAUUACUUCUGGUCAUUGUGGUCAUGUUCGUGGCUUACUCCAUUUCAAGCAACGUGAUUUACGGCUGGAAGGUAUCCUCAUAUAAAACUUUGACAGAUGCUCUCCUGACCCUCAUCAGUUUGCAGAUAGGCAUCUUUAAUUACAACGAGGUCUUGGACAACACCCCCGUGCUCGGUGGAUUACUCUUUGGAUCCUGUAUUGUGUUCAUGACCUUUGUGGUGCUCAAUCUUCUCCUAUCAGUGAUUCUUGUUGCAUUCCACCAGGAGCAAAUAUAUCACAAGCCCUCUGACGAGGAGGAGAUUGUCGACCUGAUGCUGAAGAAAAUCUGCAAAUCCGUCUGCCUCCUCCUCUGCCUGCCACGUCCAAUCACCAACCCCUCGUCUGUGUUCCUCCAUGCAUCCUCGCACACCUGCCCCAGCCUGCUCGCUCUCGUCAGUUCUGGAUCCCCGGCUCACCUCGUCUGUGUUCCUCCGUGCUUCUCCGCACACCUGCUCCAGCCUGCUCGCUCUCGCAAACUCUGUAGAUCCCCGGCUUCGGACCUCCACUCCACCCUGCCCCCGCCUCAUUAG